UUUACUGACGGAUUUCUCAUUUUAUUUGGAAAAUGUUUGGAUAUGCAAUUUUAUUAUUACUAAAUAUAUUUUUUAUUCUUUAUCCACUAAAUUAUAUAUUAUAUGUAUAAUUAGAUAUUUUUGUUCACUUUAUAUGUUGUUGCCGAGAGAGAGAGAGAGAGAGAGAGAGAGAGGAGGAGCCGGGGAAGCGGAUCAAUCUCAGCUGCUGAACGAUUCACGGGGACGGCGCUUCUCUUUCCGGUGCAGAAGGUUCCGUUGAGUAGCCGAAUCGAGGGGGCGCUUGAUCUGAUCGGGUUCCGGUUGGAAUCAGGAGGAAAGUUGAUGCGAAACCCAUGGAUCGGUCUGCGCUAACGGUCGGUCCGGGGAUGGACCUGCCGAUAAUGCACGACAGCGAUAGGUACGAGCUGGUGAAGGACAUCGGGUCGGGGAACUUCGGGAUCGCCAGGCUGAUGAGGGAUAAGCAGACCAAGGAGCUCGUCGCCGUCAAGUACAUCGAGAGAGGCGAGAAGAUAGAUGAAAAUGUUAAAAGAGAGAUAAUUAACCAUCGGUUGUUGAGGCAUCCUAAUAUCAUCAGAUUCAGAGAGGUUAUUUUAACUCCAACCCAUCUCGCUAUUGUAAUGGAAUAUGCUUCCGGUGGUGAGCUUUUUGAACGUAUUUGUGACGCGGGGCGCUUCAGUGAGGAUGAGGCACGGUUCUUCUUCCAGCAACUUAUAUCUGGAGUAAGCUAUUGUCAUUCAAUGCAAGUAUGUCACCGGGAUUUGAAGCUUGAGAACACUUUGUUAGAUGGAAGUCAUGCACCUCGUCUAAAGAUAUGUGAUUUUGGAUAUUCAAAGUCAUCGGUUCUGCAUUCACAACCAAAGUCAACUGUGGGUACUCCUGCAUAUAUCGCUCCCGAAGUGCUACUCAAGAAAGAAUAUGAUGGCAAGAUAGCGGAUGUUUGGUCUUGUGGAGUUACUCUAUACGUAAUGUUGGUUGGGGCAUAUCCCUUUGAGGAUCCAGACGAGCCUAAAAAUUUCCGAAAGACGAUACAGCGUAUAUUGAGUGUACAAUAUUCGAUUCCAGACUACAUUCACAUAUCGCCGGAAUGCCAACACUUGAUCUCAAGGAUUUUUGUUGCCAAUCCUGCCUCGAGAAUAACAAUUCCUGAGAUAUGCAACCACGAGUGGUUCCUUAAGAACCUUCCAACAGACCUGAUGGACGAGAACACAAUGAGCAGCCAGUACGAGGAGCCCGACCAACCAAUGCAAAGCAGCGAUGCAAUAAUGCAGAUCUUAGCUGAAGCUACAAUCCCUGCAGCCGGUACCAGUGGGCUAAACCAGCACCUGAUUGGCAGUCUUGAUCUUGACGACGAUGAUAUGGAGGACUUCGACUCUGAUCUUGACGUCGACAUCGAGAGCAGUGGAGAGAUGAUCUACGCCAUGUAAAAAAUUUGGUUGCACUGUGACACUUGAAGAAGUCCAUCAGAGCUAAAAUUGGGCAAUAAGAUGCAUGUUUGGGUCUUUUUGCAAUGAGUGAAAUGUCCGUUAGUUUUCCCGUAGGAUGUCAAGGGACAAUGUAUUAAGACAGUAGUGUUACACAACCUAGAUUUCUAUGUGCUGGGAAUUGUUUGUUUACUACCAUGGUUGCUUAGUAUCGUAAGUACUGUAAUAUAUCAAAUAUAAACUACUUUGUUA